CAGAAACAUCUGACCAUGAUGUCCACCAGAAGCGCAGCUAAAGGUGCGACGGAGGCGUUUGUCGACAUCUUCAGUGAUAACGUCACUUCCGCCCCGGAAUCCAACAUGACCAACGCCACCUUACAGCUGCCCUUCAUCAAGAACAGUCAGAUCAUCUUCUCCUGCUUCGAACUGGUCCUAGCGGCGAUAGGCACCGUGGCGAACUUGGUGGUCGUGUACACCAUCGCCAGGAACCGCAAGAUGAAGACAGUCCCGAACGUUUUCGUCUUAAACUUGGCGAUCGCAGACUUCAUCUAUUGCAGCCUGUUCCUCCCGUUCUGGGACACCGCUAACUUGUUCGUUCGCGGAUGGAUCUACGGCAGACCGAUGUGUAACGUGGUCGUGGCGGUCUGCAACAUCAGCGUGAACUCCAGCAUCUUGUUCCUGACGGCCAUGAGCAUCGAGAGGUACCGCGCGGUGGCGGACCCGAUCGGGCACGUUCAGCGGCAGUCCCUGAAGAAGACCUGGCUCAUCAGCGUGGCGAUUUGGUUCGCCGCCGUCCUCAUGAGCCUGCCGUUUGCCGUCUUCACUACUACAGUUUCAAAGGACAUCGGCGGCGUCAUCCUGACAACCUGCCAGCCUGAGGCUCCUGGUAAAAUGGACUUCUGGCAGUACAACCUGCUGAUCUCUAUGUGGCGCUUCCUGGCAUGGUUCGCCGUACCGUUGCUGAUCAUCACGCCGUUGUACGCUCUCCUCUUCAAGAAGCUACGAGAGGAGGGCGUGUUGCUCCACAUCGGGCCGGAGACGAUCCAGUCCCGGAACCGGGUGACGAGGAUGGUCGCCGUCGUCGUCUUCAUCUUCAUCCUGUCCUGGCUCCCCUUCCACGUCUACAACCUCGUCAUCUUCUUCAGCCCGAAAAUCGAGACGUACCCCGAAGCCGUCAACUACUUGGUCGCGGCGCUGUCGUCGGCAAACUCGACCGUCAACCCGUUCCUGUACGCGCUGCUCGGGGAGAAGUUCCGCCUCUACACGCGGAAAGCUCUGCUGAGCUGCUGCCCGUGCGAGAACCCCGACCCCCUGACGAUAACGACGGAAGCCGUGGUCGCCAGGUCUCACAAGAGAGCGAAAACCUGGUACGCGCGGGCGAACUGGAACAGGAGAAACGACUCGGUCAAGUUCAGCUCAGAACGGGACGGUAAGGAAUACAGAGCGUUAAACCCGGUCAAGCGGCAUAAGUCUUUCUGAAAACUCAUCAGAGAACUUAUAAAUGUCCGAUGAUACAGACAAAUAUGUAAAAAGACUAAAAGACUAAACAUAUCUAAGGCCGUUCGGACAGCCUAGGAACUUGAUUGUCUGCUUUAUCAUCAGAUCUGAGCUGCAGCUUCAGUAACUUAUAAUAAGUGAACCAGAUGAUAGUCGUGUUCUUGAGAAAAGAUGUCCAAGACAUCAGCAGAAAUUCGUGUUAGAAUUAACACUGUGCCAGUGUCGAAUGGAACAUGAAAUGUCAAGCUAUAAUAUGUAGAAUUUAUUUAUAGAACAGAGAUAUAUUAAGACCAAUAGAAACGGUCGGAUACUUUUUCCAUGUUCAAUGUGGCAAUGUUGUCAGUAAGACGCAAAGUGUACAUGCAGGUGCGUGCUUGAAGUAAAAAUGAAACUGCUGCUUUAAAUGUUGUUUUCCUGUGAAGUCGGUACACUUAAGUCUACAGAAUGACGGAGCUUUUAGCGACUAUUAUUAGGUCAGUAUCCACCACUUAGGACAGUACACCGUAGCAACACCCAAAAGGAAAGGACUGUGGAGUUGUAAGCCGUAAGGUCACAAACGAAAUUGGAGGACAGAUUUAAAGUUAUCCUAAAAGUCUAAACGAGGUACGAUAGUCAUGCGGUGAUUUGUGAUGUACGUCGCUCCAUUUUCGGGAACUUUUUUGGAUAAAGUUCUUUCGUGAACGCUAUUUGGCCCUAGGAAAAACUGGUCCAGAUACAAAUUUUGGUUCCUCUUUUUUGUCUUUGAUCCGUGAUGAGACUGGACAGGCACGGAACCUUGGAAUAGGAGUAUAUUUUCUACCUUGUUGUAGAGCGUAUUUCAGACUG